UCCCCCUCCCCCUCUGUGGUAGCCUGCCGUUCCGCUGCCGCUGAGGGGAGACGACGUCGCCGUUGGUGCCGCCGCCGCCGCCCCGCCGCCUUCUGCCUCACUUCCUCUUCCGGGCGCGCGGCCGCGAGGGAGGCGGGGGCGAGUCGGUCGGUCUGUCGGUCUGUCGGUGCCGGCGGCGGCGGCGGCGGCCUCCUCCUCCUUCUCCUCACAGGGCCGGGGAGGGGGGGAACAGAAGAGAAUCAAGACGGGGGUUUUUCUCCCCCGCCGGGAAGGAGGAGCCGCCUCAGCCGCGAUGGAGCCGGAGUCGGUGAUCGAGGACAAGACCAUCGAGCUCAUGACAAGUCUGAAAAGGAAACCCCAUUCGAAUCCCUAUUCACUCUGGAUUGGUGGAUCUGAAGCACAGAAACAGAGUUUCAGUGUUCUGUGCCAAGGUCUUUGUGGCUAGGCUGCUCCAACCUGGUAGAGAGCAUGUGCGCACUGAGAUGCCUGCAGAGCAUGCCCAGUGUCAGAUGUCUCCAGAACACAUCAGUAAUGGAGGAUCAGAAUGAAGAAGAGUCUCCAAAGAAAAACACACUGUGGCAGAUAAGCAAUGGAACUUCAUCUGUGAUAGUCUCAAGAAAGCGACCAUCAGAAGGAAAUUACGAGAAGGAAAAAGACUUAUGUAUUAAAUAUUUUGACCAGUGGUCUGAAUCAGAUCAGGUUGAAUUUGUGGAACACCUUAUUUCACGAAUGUGUCACUAUCAGCAUGGACAUAUUAAUUCUUACUUGAAGCCCAUGUUGCAAAGGGACUUCAUCACUGCUUUACCAGAGCAAGGCUUAGAUCACAUAGCAGAAAAUAUCCUGUCCUACCUUGAUGCCAGGUCGCUCUGUGCAGCAGAACUGGUUUGUAAGGAGUGGCAACGAGUUAUUUCCGAAGGCAUGCUAUGGAAGAAGCUUAUUGAGCGAAUGGUACGAACUGAUCCGCUCUGGAAAGGGCUUUCCGAAAGAAGGGGCUGGGAUCAGUACCUGUUUAAAAACAGACCGACAGAUGGCCCUCCCAAUUCAUUUUACAGGUCACUGUACCCAAAGAUAAUUCAAGAUAUAGAGACUAUAGAGUCUAACUGGCGAUGCGGAAGGCACAACUUGCAAAGAAUCCAGUGCCGAUCUGAAAACAGUAAAGGGGUUUACUGCUUACAGUACGACGAUGAGAAGAUCAUCAGUGGCCUUCGAGACAACUCCAUCAAGGUUUGGGAUAAAACAGGACUGGAGUGUUUGAAAGUCUUAACGGGACAUACCGGCUCUGUCCUCUGCCUGCAGUACGAUGAAAGAGUCAUUGUAACUGGGUCUUCGGAUUCCACUGUGAGGGUGUGGGAUGUGAAUACCGGUGAAGUCCUGAACACACUGAUCCAUCACAAUGAGGCAGUGCUUCACUUGCGCUUCAGUAAUGGUUUGAUGGUGACCUGCUCAAAAGACAGAUCGAUCGCUGUUUGGGACAUGGCCUCGCCGACUGAUAUCACUCUGCGCCGCGUGUUGGUGGGCCAUCGGGCGGCCGUUAAUGUUGUAGAUUUUGAUGACAAAUAUAUUGUAUCUGCCUCCGGUGACAGGACCAUUAAAGUUUGGAGCACCAGCACAUGUGAAUUUGUUCGCACUCUUAAUGGGCACAAGCGGGGCAUUGCUUGCCUCCAGUACAGGGAUCGACUUGUUGUGAGUGGAUCAUCAGACAAUACUAUUAGGCUUUGGGACAUAGAAUGUGGGGCCUGUUUAAGAGUACUUGAAGGACAUGAAGAACUGGUUCGAUGCAUCAGAUUCGAUAACAAGAGGAUUGUAAGCGGAGCAUAUGAUGGUAAAAUCAAAGUUUGGGACUUGCAAGCUGCUCUUGACCCUCGUGCCCCAGCAAGUACGCUGUGCUUACGCACAUUGGUGGAACACUCAGGACGCGUUUUUAGACUCCAAUUUGAUGAAUUUCAGAUCAUUAGUAGUUCCCACGACGAUACCAUUUUGAUUUGGGAUUUUUUAAAUGUGACCCCCAAUGCACAAAAUGAAACCCGCUCUCCAUCCAGAACAUACACUUACAUCUCCAGAUAACACUCUGCAAUCUACUGCUCUCCAAGGAUUCCACAGUCUUUGAACUGCUGGAUAUUUGGCUCAUACUCACCUGAAGACGUUUAGCCACAGCUAAAGUCAGAAGUGGUUCUAGAUGCUGUGUAGAUGCGAAGCAGCACAAUUCUGUAUCUCGACAUGUCUCUUUUUCCAGUCUCUUGUCACUCAGUUGAUCUCCUCUGAGGAACUGGCUAGGAAUUCACUGAGUCCAGGUAGAAGAAACCCAGCCUCUCCUUCACCGCGACGCAAGAUCCAAAGCUUCAUGAGUUUAAAAAAAAAAUUGCCCAUAUACACUGAACUGAUGGCUUGUUUUUCCAGGAGUGAAUCAGAUGUCAAAGAAGGACUUGGCCUAAUUUAUAUUUUGCUUUGCACUUUUGAUCUGACUCUGAAGAAGAAAAACAUUCUCAGUGAAACGUGGGUGCCAAACACAUACCCAGAAUGUACAGGGCUUUGCUUUCAAAGUCAUCGUCCUCCUGUAAGACUGUUAUGCUCCAAAACUGAUUCAGACCCCCCACCCCCUUUUCUUCUGCGUGGUUUUUUUUUCCUCCUAGGAAUAUCAGUUGGACUGAUUAGAAAUACUUCUGAAUGGCUCAGUAAUAUUUUGGAUGACAGUUGACGUCCGCUCCAGUAAUUUGCUUUAAGUUAAAAAGAUUGUAAAGUGGGUGAGAUGAUCUAAACUAGGUGUACAGCACUGUCUUUCUCCCCCCCACCCCCACCCCUUUUAAUCGUGCUCCGAACUACAACCGUCCUCCUCCAUCUAACGUUUGGUAUAGUUGGAUCCUUCCUUCCUACGUGCUUGCGUCAUUAUUUCCAAUACCAUAACUGUAUAUGCAUGUAGAUAUGAUGUACAUAACAUUGUAACCUCCAAGUGCUGGGAGUCGGGGUCUCCUGAUACUGUACAUCAAUGCCAAGGCAUACGCUUUUUACGCAUCAAGGCAUUCUAGCUACUGGCACAGUAUGGGGUUGGGAUGUAUUACUUUAGAAAUAUUUCUCUGUGCAAAAGGGGGUAUUUAUUAGAAUUUCCCCUCUCCCCCCUUUUUUUUUAAAAAAAGAAGAAAUAUCUCUCAAAACCAUUUUUUCUAAAAAUAAAUAAAUCACAAAUUACAUUUUUGUUUUCCCACACAGCGCUAGUUGCAAACCAUCGGGGGUGGGUGGGUUAGAAACCCUUUUGGCCAAAGUUGCCUCUAUCAAUAUCUUUUAAAGUCCAUUCAGAUAAGCCCUUGGAUCGCUGUGCUUAUAAGGACUUUUGAGAUGAAUCGCUGUUCCACUGUGAUCUCCUGGGAAAUGUUCCACGUUCCUUGCCACUGAUGCAGAGAAACUGAGUCGGCAAGGCUCACGUGACUGGGACGUCUCCCUUGUGGAAGUAGGACUGACCAGGGCAAGUCAAGGGUAUGCUUGCCUGUACACAAAACAAACACUCUAUAAAAUGCUCUCUGUGUAUUUUAAGUUAUUGCUGGGCAGCGGCAUUUUCUCAGCUUCUUCUAAUGCUUGUUUGGUGAUUACUGAUUAAUGAAAUGUGACACUGAUUGACGUAAGAACAAUAUUUGGGAUUGGAGUGGGUGCUGUCAUUCCCUAAGUCAUGUGGUUCUGCAUUUUUUUUCCUUUGCUGCCGCUCUUGAUUUCUGUCUUUCUCUCUCUCUCCACCUCCCCUUUUGUUGAGGGGGUCAAGGAAUGUUGAUAACCAAUUUAAAAUGACCAAUGAAUGAAUUUUGCUUAUUUAACGGAACAGCUGUGGCUGGAUACUUCGCGUUCACACCUGCCAGCUUGCCAAGUCAGAUUUAACAAUGAAAGCACACAUCAAGAAGUUUAAAAGGUGCAACUUUAGCUGCUUCUGGAAUUCCACUCUUUGCCUUCCUAGGUGUUUGUGAAUCGAGUUUGUAAAUUUCCCAUUUUGGACGUCACAACAAAGACGAGCGACCUGGGUGUGAUUGAACGCCAUCGAAUCCGCAAGAGGACACCUUCCCACGUCCUUAGAUGUUAACACAGUGGACAGUUAUGGAAAUGGCUUCCCCUCCCUCCCUCCCUUCCCCCCCCCCCCAUGCAAGCUGUGAUAUGAAAAGAUUUUUCUGUUGCAGCCCUGAAGACAAAGGUAUUUAUGGAGAACUGUCCUUUUUAAUGCAUGUGUAAAAUGAAAUUCAUGUUUUUCCAUGGGAAAUAAUGGUAUUUGAAGAUGCAGCCGAAACUACUUUUGAUUGUGCUUGGUGUAACAUAGCUGUGGAAUUUGUGACUGGCACCCAAGGACCUUCGCUCCAGGGAUUAAUGAUCGUGAUCCCGGCUGUACUCUGGAUUUGUUUCGCUAAUCAUAACUGAGCAGCUGUAUGUUCCUGCUAGAUUAAUGUUUCAAAGCACUGGGAUAGUCUUAUUCUAACUUGUAAUUAUGUUUGCCAGUUACCUGUUUGGAAAGUUUGUGUAUGAACAGCUUAUUUGACAACUGUUGAAUUGUACAGAUAUUGUUCACAAUAUAAGGCUUUGUACUGUGGAAUGUGCUUAAUAAAAAAAAUCUAAACUUCA